UUAUAAAGAUUCUUUCUUGCAAGUUGCAUCAUACAUGUGCCUGGUAUCAAUGUUCUGUUUCAUCAUUCGCAAGCACUUGAUCAGGAAGAGCCACGUUGAUCGACCAUCGCGACUAUGUGGGUCAAUAAACUUCAUUUUAGCAGACAAACUACGAUCUGCGCCCAUGCGUAACACUCGAUCGAUUAUACGUAUAUUCGCGUUACAGUAACUGUAUAUAUAUACCCUGUGAAGAUGAUGCAAGUCACAGAUGCUUUAUUCCAAUGUGUUUCAUCAGCUGUGCAAUUUCUGCGAUAACGAGAAAGCUUAUAAAACCCACUGUGGAAGAUACGGAUUCAGUAGAGGACCCUCUGAUAAGUGUGCCAAACGGCAUUUAUUAAUUCUAUGACGCAUAGUUCCACUUUUGCCUAAAAAUUAAUAAUGUGAUCAAAAUAAAAUAAUUAGUUAUAGAAUAAAAAACGAAACUUUUAAAAUUAGUUUGAUAAUUAUUUGCAUAAUAAAAUAAUUUCUAGAGUAGAAAAAGUUUCGUAUUAAUACUGUAAGAAUAACACAAAUGAAACAUAAUAAUUCUAAAAAUAUCGAUAAUUUUAAGUGGUUAAAAAAGAAAGAAAUAUGAAAAAUAAUAUUAUAAUAUGAUAUUGAUGUUAUGCGAUGGAAUAAUAUCAAAUGUUAAAUAGAAUUCUAUUUAUAUAGUGAUAACAAUUCCGAAGGAACGAUUACAUAAAUUCCACAUGUUCUAUUUUGCUAUAUAAAUCAUAGAAAUUCAAAGCUUAUAAUAAGCUAUUAAUUAAAGCUUGCCUUCGUAAUCAUAUUUGUUACAUAGAUCCUUUUUAUAAUGGAUAUAACAAAACAAAUCUGCUAACAUUGUUAUUCAAACGUACGUAUAAAGUGUAUUGCGUAACGAGUGCACUUAUUUCGGUGAUAAAACAAGAAAAAUUACAUCCGUUGGGAGAGAGACAUUCUUAAAGCCGAUUAAAAAAUAAACAAAUUGAGAUAAAUUGAAAGAGAAAUUUAUUCCUGUAAAGUUAAAUACCUAAUUUUCAAAGUCAAAUGCUUUAUUUAAAGUGUAUCGUUGCUAUUUAAUUUGCUUAAACUUAUUAAAAGCAUUAAACGUUUGUUCGGUCAAGAACCUCGCAGAUGUUUUCUCGUAAUUGUCAACAUAAUACAGGGGAUACAUUGUAACGGAGAGAUCGUUGGGGAAAUCCCAGGGCGUCUGGUACACAGACUGUCACCUUCGAAGUCCUUUCGCAUUAAAGUCCAUUCUCCGUAAAAGAAGUUAAAUAUAUCCCGCAGCUGCUCAGAUAAUCGACCGUUCAAAGUCAAUUCAUUAAUUAAUUCGUUGCAACGGAUAACAAAAAAAUAUACCGAUGAUUAUCAACAAGAUUUUGAGGAUGGCGAUGCUUAUCAGAAAAAUCGUGUGUUUGAAAAAAAAUCUCUUCGCACAAAAAUUUUCAAAAAGCACAAAGGAGACAUGGAACAACAUCCCGCGUAAUAACCACAAAACAUUGCUUAGAAAAUUCAUUGAGGAACAUCCUGAUGUGGUAAACGCGAUCUUGAAAAAUACCGAGAUCACUCGCGAUCAUCUGACUCCGGAAUUGAAGUUAUUUCUGUUGACGAAGAAUUGUCCCUUAUAUCGCGAGCCCUUCAUCGACAAAUGUGAGAAUAACAGAUUCGAUCUCUCGACCACAAACGUAUUCCAGGAUCCAUUUUGGUCUAUAUAUUGGCCCGGAGGUCAGGCACUGACGAGAUUCAUUCUCGACGAGAGGAAAAAGAUUUUAGGACGUGCAAAGCAGCAUGCGAAAAAAGAUGCAUUAAGAAUGCUGGAUUUGGGUGCGGGAUGCGGCGCUACUGCGAUAGCCACGAAAUUAACGAUUGAAACCUGCAACAUUAUUGCGAAUGAUAUCAGCAAAAUCGCCUGCGUAGCUAUUGCAAUGAAUGCAAUAUUAAAUAACGUAAACAUUGAGGUGUCGUGGAAAAACCUGUUGGAAGAAUUACCGAAAGAUCCAUACGAUGUGAUUUUUGUCGGUGAUUUGUUAUAUGACGAAGAAAUAGCAAACAAUCUAAUUGCAUGGUUGGAACACGCAUACAUAGGAGGUGCGCAAAUUUAUCUAGGAGAUCCGGGAAGACACGGAUUAACUGAAGAUCUUAGGAAGCGAAUGAGAUUAUUGCGGCAAUAUUCGUUGCCCGAGAAUGUGAGGAAAGAGAAUCAUGGUUAUGAUACAGCCACCGUAUGGGAAUUUAAUCUGAGUAAUUGAUUGAAUAGGUAUGUAGAAUUUAAUAUAUAGAAACGAAAGAAUAUGUAUUAAAUGUAUGUAUUAAAAUAUAUC